GGCAUAUAAAGUCGGGCUGGCAGCAGCUGCGGGAGGAGCUCUCCGAGGUGCUGACGGGUCCCUGCCGGGCUGAGCUCGCUCUCCGCCAGGUACGCAGCUCCCCGCUCGCCCCGCAGUCCGCCAGCCGGGACCAUGCGCGGCCGCGGGCUCCCUCUGCUCCUGCUCGCCCUGGUCGUCGGCCUGGCGCCCCCUGGGCCCGCGGCACCCGCGCCGGGAACAGGGGGGCCCGCGCUCACCAGGAUGUACCCCCGCGGCAACCACUGGGCAGUGGGACAUCUAAUGGGGAAGAAGAACACAGAAGAGUCCCCAUAUAGUCACCAGGGUGGGAACCUGAAGCAGCAGCUGUUGGAAUACAUUCGGUGCCAAGAAGCCGCAAGGAAUGUGUUCAACCUCAUAGCAGCCAAGGCCAUCCUAGGCCACCAGUCACCUCCUCAGCAGUCCCUGAGCAGCCGCCAGUCUACUUGGGGAUCAGAGGAAAACAGACAUCACCUUAAAGAUGUAGGUUCAAGACACAAAGAUGGCAGACUCUUUGCUCCGGAUUCUCAACCUGAAAAAAGGAAGCCCCAGCUGAAGUGACCAUGGUGAAGAUGGACUAUCUCCAAGAAAUAAAACACGACUCUUUAAAGACUGUGUUCUACGAGCACCCAUUCUGCUGGCCAGUUAACCAGAUGUCCUUAGUGCUGAAUCCAUCACUAUUCUUGUAUCUUUCAACCUUGACUAAAUUGAUGAUUUUUAAGCCACAUCUUUUGGUUAGAACUUGUUGACUGCCAAUAAUUAUCUGAAAAGAGUCUUCCGCUUGACCUGUUUCACACCUAGCCUGUUAGACGCCAGUCCCGCACUUGUUACCCAUCACAAUAAAAGCUUAAAUACUUUUGUCCAAAGGGCAGGAAGUUCUCUUAUUUC